AUGGAAAGCAGGUUUAAAAAAAAUGACAGCGAAAAUGACUACAAGUAUUAUGUGUUACAAAUAGGGCGAAAAUACACCUACGUAGGAUUUUCAGGGCUGCACAAACCCCUGUCAGUUUAUAGGACGCCCGAUUUUUUUCGGUACAAUGAAAGUUUCCACAAUUAUGCUGAGGAUAAGAAGGGGGUAUACAACGUGGUGGGAACUGUUUCGGAGGGGGGAGGGACUUCCUUGCGGGGAUGCGCAGGUGGGAGCAAGGAUAGCGAGGCCCAAGGCGAGAAAGGCGCUAACCCUGAUCAACAGGAGGAACGUGCUAGCACGGAUCAACAGGAGAAAGAUGCCAACCCGGACCAACAGGACGAAGGUCAGAAAGGUGCUAACCCGGACCCAAACCAGGUCAGUGUUCCCCAGGACCAACCUCAGAACAGCGUUCUCCGGGACGAUGGCCUCCCCAGCACGGAGGGCAGCAAACACGAAGGUAGCGUUAUCUACCACUACGAGUACAAGUUCCAUCAGGAUGAGAAGCUGUGGAGCAAAUUCUUCGAGGAGUUUACAUUCCAAAUAUUUCGCAAUUUAAUAAAGACGAAUAACAAGGCAAAAAAAGUCAUCGUUCUUUUGAACAUGUUCAUCCCAACGGUAAUUAAAUAUUCCCUCUGCAAGAGUUUGAUCGAGAAUUAUGAAUACGCCUCCAUUUCCUACAUAAACGACUUAGUGUCACCGCUUUUCUUGUGCAACUGCAACACUUGUGUGGUGAUCGACUUGGGUUACUUAAGCUGUCGGUUGCUGCCCGUAAUGAAUGGCAUGCCAUUAUAUCACCAUUACACGUAUGUAGACAACGGGGGAUUUUACAUCAACAUGGAAAUUAGAAGGUUACUGAAGGAGCAGUAUAUGAGAAGGGCUCACAGGAGGAAAGAUGUGCACAAUUGUGAAGUUUCAAGUGCUUCAUUUGUACAGGUCAGAAAUGGGGACAUCCUCACCAAUGGGCAAAGCACAGAUGAUGGUUAUACGGCAACCCCCCAUGAAGAAAAACCCACGGAGGGAGAAAUAAACAUGUCGAAUGGACUGCUUAAUUAUUACCUCGAUUUAUACCCACUGGAGGAAAUAUUAAAAAUCAUCGACAGCAUGCCAGAUGAUGAAAUAGAAAAUAUGAAGAGGAAAUUUUUUUAUUUAAAAAAUGAACAAGCCAAAUUGUACAGCGAGAAAAUGGUUUUGUAUGAAUUUCAAAAUUACGAAAUUGUCGUAGAAGCGGAUACCAGGUGGAUGGCCUGCGAAAUAUUAUUUACGAAAGAUUAUGAGCAGAAUAUAAAUUCUAUGUUCGCAUGUAUACUGUCUAAAUUACACAUGUUUGAGUUUUCCGCUUUCCACAAUGUGCUGCUGGUUGGUGGAUGCAGUAACAUCAAGGGGAUCGUUUCGAAAAUUGCUCAAUCCCUUUUCCACGCGUUAAGUGAGAAGAAAAAGACAUCCGUCAAAGAAUUGGAAAAUAAAGUCAACUUUCUCUUUCCAAAGAUAUCCCCCAAUUUGCGCCAAUUCAUAGGGGCCUCCAUCUGCUCCAAUUUGGAAAACUUGCCCGACUACACGCAGGAGCAUAUUCAUAACAGUGUGCUGUACGACCACCUUAAUGAAGACGUCUACUUCACCUUUAAGCGGUGA